AUGGGUAUUUAUAAAUCAUAUAAACGCCGAUUCCAAUUAAAAAAUUGUAAUAAAAUACGUCUCGAAAAACGUCAAAAAAAUAAUUUAUUAAAAGAACAAUCUGCAUCCGUCAAUGAAAUAUCUGUCAACGAAGUAUCCGUCAAUGAAGUAUCCGCCAAUGAA